AAUCACUGCUUCAAUCCUUCCCCUAAAAACUCUUUUUCUUUUUCUCUCUCUAAACAGCAACAGCUUCAGCCAGCGUGGCCACUCAUCACCCUCUUCAUUUCCCUUUUGGGUUUUUCUCACCAUUCAUAUUCUCAAUAUAUACAAAAAAAAAAUUAACAGUAAGGGAGAGUUGUUGAUGUUCCCAUUGCUCAAUGCUUGCUGUGUUGACUAUGUGUGACUUCAUCCUUCGCACUCCACCUCCCAAGGGAUAUAAUGUAAGAGCUCAAACGAGGUCUACCUGGUCCACCUCUUCUGCUUCUUGUUUGCAUACACAUUAUUCUAAUGUAUCAUAUACCUAUAACAAGUCCAUUCAUAUUUCUUCAUAUCACAAGAUAAACCAUCCAUCUUCUGGAACAAAUGGUGUUUGCAAACGUACACCUUUUUCAUCUUCGAACAGCGGAAGAGGAGUUUGUAUCUUAAAACACCAAAAAUCUUUGAGGUGUAGGUUUCAGAUAUGUGCAUCACUUGAUGUUGCAAGUGCUGUUGAUGUUAUCAAUGACCUCGGGUUAGACACUUUGACAUUCUUAGCUGUGACUGUACUCAUUGUUCCUGCCUUCAAGACCAUAAAAGCUAGCCCUAUACUUGGUUUUUUCUUUGCUGGAGUUGUGCUCAAUCAAUUUGGGCUGAUCAGAAACAUCACAGAUGUUAAAGUUCUUUCGGAGUGGGGGAUUCUUUUCUUGCUUUUUGAAAUGGGAUUAGAGCUUUCACUUGCACGCUUGAAAGCGCUUGCAAAGUUUGCUUUUGGCAUGGGACUGACUCAGGUUGUAUUAUCUACUUUGGCAUUUACAUCUUUCGAGCUUCCACCUAAUGAUGCCGUCGGGACAAAGAUUUUGGAGUUUCUUUUUCAUUCAAGGCCUGAUCUGGUUAAUAUUAGAAGUGUUGAUGAGGCUGUAGUGAUUGGUGCUGCGCUUUCACUGUCUUCUUCAGCUUUUGUUCUGCAGAUUCUUGCAGAAAAGGGUGAGCUUCCAACUAGAUUUGGAUCGGCUACAUUGGGAAUACUUCUUCUUCAGGACAUUGCUGUUGUUCCUCUUUUAGUCAUUCUACCGGUGCUGGAGACCCAGAAUCUGAUAGAAGAAAGUAUUUGGCCAAUGCUUGCACAAGAAAGUCUUAAGGCUUUAGGUGGACUGGGGUUGCUUUCUUUUGGAGGGAAAUACAUAUGGAGGCGAGUUUUUGAGGUUGUUGCAGAAACGAGAAGUUCGGAAGCUUUUGUUGCACUUUGUCUUUUGACUGUUGCAGGAACAUCACUAUUAACGCAGAAGUUGGGCUUUAGUGACACGCUUGGAGCAUUUUUAGCUGGGGCUCUGCUUGCAGAAACAAAUUUCCGUACUCAGAUUGAAGCUGAUAUAAGGCCAUUCAGAGGAUUACUUCUUGGCUUAUUUUUUGUGACUACCGGAACUUCUAUUGAUAUGCAGCUUCUAUUCCGGGAGUGGCCAAAUGUGCUUUCUCUCUUGGCUGGUCUGAUUGUUAUCAAGACAUUGAUCAUAACGGCAAUAGGUCCCCGAGUCGGACUAUCCCUUCAGGAGAGUGUGAGAAUUGGAUUUCUUCUUUCUCAAGGAGGAGAAUUUGGAUUUGUUGUCUUUUCUUUAGCGAAUAGGCUUGGAGUGCUUCCCCUCGAGUUGAAUAAACUGCUUAUCAUUGUUGUUGUACUGUCUAUGGCACUGACUCCAUUACUCAAUGAAAUUGGACGAAGAGCUUCUGAGUUUGUUGGCGAGAAGUUUGACAAUGAGGAUAGAACUGCUGAAAUGGAAAACUUUGAUCUGAGUGAACCAGUAGUCAUCCUUGGAUUUGGCCAAAUGGGUCAGGUCCUUGCCAAUUUAUUAUCAACACCACUAGCUUCGAGUGACGGGGAGGAGUUGCAAUACGUUGCUUUUGAUCUAGAUCCUUCUGUUGUAAAGGCUUCUACAAAACUUGGUUUUCCUGUUAUCUAUGGUGAUGGUUCACGUCCUGCAGUGCUGCAGUCUGCUGGAAUAUCUUCUCCGAAAGCAGUUAUGGUCAUGUACAGAGGAAAAGAAAGGACCACAGAAGCUGUCCAGAGAAUUCGACUAGCCUUCCCAGCGGUACCAAUAUAUGCACGAGCUCAGGAUGUGAUGCAUCUAUUACAUCUGAAGAAAGUAGGAGCAACAGAUGCCAUUCUUGAAAGUGCAGAGACAAGUUUACAGCUUGGCUCUAAACUUCUAAAAGGGUUUGGUAUCAUGUCUGAUGAUGUAACUUUUCUAAGUCAACUUAUUCGAGAUUCUAUGGAGCUGCAAGCGCAAGAGGUUGUGGAUAAAUCUGACGAUCAAGUGUCUAAAGUUAUGAAACCAUUGCAGGUAAGAGCUGCAGACUUUGUCCAGAAUGGGGCGUCCACGCUGUCUACUGACACAGCACAGGAUCUAAAGGAUAGAAGAUACAGUUUGGCUGCAGCUGAUCGACUAUCUGAUGAUGGCACCACGCUGUUAACUGACACAACACAGGAUCUAAGGGAUAAAAGUUACAGUUUGGCUGCAGCUGAUCAGUCAUCUGAUGAUGGCGUCAUGCUGUCAACUGACACGACACAGGAUCUAAAGGAUAGAAGUUAUAGUUUAGCUGGAGCUGAUCAGUCAUCUGAUGAUGGCGCCACCCUGUUAACUGACACACCACAGGAUCUAAGGGAUAGAAGCUACAGUUUGGAUGCAGCUGAUCAGUCUUCCGAUGAUGGUGCCACGCUGUCAACUGACACAACACAGGAUCUAAAGGAUAGAAGUUACAGUUUGGCUGUAGCUGAUCAGUCUUCCGAUGAUGGUGCCAUGCUGUCAACUGACAUAAUACAGGAUCUAAGGGAUAGAAGUUACAGUUUGGCUGCAAAUGAUCAGUCUUCCGAUGAUGGUGCCACUCUGUCAACUAAUACAGCACAGUAUCCAAGGGAUAGAAAUUACAGUUCGGCUGCAGUUGAUCAGUCAUCUGAUGAUGGCAAGAGUCAUCUAUCUCAUGCUCUAGAAAAUGGAGAACAACUAUUUGAGGAGGAUGAUAUGGAGAGUGCAUUUCCAGCUAACUCGAAAAGUGGUUGUGUGGAAAGUAAUACAGAUGAGAUCUCUCAACAAACUUAGGGUGCUCAGCUGGUUCUGCUUUUCCGACCUAAGGUCCUGGCUUAAAACUACCAUCCUUCAAGAACACAGUAAAAAGACAAUAACAAGGUGAACCUUGCAUUUGGAGGCAUCCAAUUUAGGUUUAUCCCUCCAUUGAGUACGUUUUCUAGAUUCCAAUUUUUGAUAGUUGCAUUAUUGAUAUUUGACCAAGGACGAGACAGACAGGAGCAUGCUAGGAAAUUGGCUUAAAUUGAAGUUUUCUUAGUGAUCAUAUAUUGUACAUAGUCAAGUUAAUGGGAAUGGGUGUUAGCUAGAUUUUAUUAAUCAAUCCAAAAAGAAGGUGAAUUCAGUUUGAUUUUGCUUAUAGUCACAUCAGAAAACAAGAAAAGUUCUGGAGUUAUUCAAAGAAUAAAAGAUGAAGAUUGAUGUUUAGCAGUUUCUUCUUCAAAACAGUGAUGUAUUAUUAUAAAGUCUCUUUUAAUAGGCUCCAAGUUUGGCUACUCUAGCCACCCCUUUCUUGUAUUCUUCAAAAGCAACACAAUUUUAUUUUUAUUAAAAAAAAAUAAGCAAUAGAGGAUUGUCCAUCGCUUU